UUUUUUUAAGUUGAAGUUGUUUAUUUCCUUGUUUUUUAAUGAAUGCUUCUCCUCACCCCCUUCUUAAUAACACUGUGUGGUCUAGAUAACUUGCUGAGAUUUUUCCAUGAUUUGGCCCCGUAGGACAGACUUGGGUUCUUGGUUGGAAAACCGACCUUCCAACCAAGCAGCCAAAGCAUCACAGUGCCACAGUGCCACCGGAUAUUUGUUUGCUGUUGUACUGGACUUGAGAACCCUUGAGCAUCAGACAGUAGACGUGGCUGUCAUUUGCAGUGACAGUAGGAAGUGUGUUGGCUCCCACUGCCCUGUCAAGUAGCCCAGCACUGUUCCUUUGUGCCAGCAUCCUUGGAAGCUCAGCCUUAGGGCCAGCGGCAGACCCCGCCUUGGUGAGUUUCCUGGUGCACCAGCCACAGCAGCCCCUUCUCUGGCUUGUAGGGUGAGGUCCACGCUCCCCAGAACUGAGCACUUGAACUCGGGUGCAGCGCCUCCUCGGGGCAGGGGGGAGCUCAGCCUAGACAGCUUUGCUAGGGAGUUGCCUUAAAGAAAGAAAGCGGAAUUGUCGAUCAACUCCAUUGCCUGCUUUAACACGAUUUUAAGCAGUCCUCUUCACUGUUUCCCUUCUGCAAAACUGUAAAUUGCCACCGACCUGCACCAAAAAGAAGGGCGCUUAAAAGCAAAUCUCAUUCUCUCUUCUCACCCUCCCUUCCCUCUCACCCUCCCUUCCUCUCCAGCUCGCUCCCUCUCCCUCCCUUCCUUGCUCCUGCGGCAACCGCUAGUCUCUCGGUCUGUGUCUUUCAGACCGGACUAAGCAACUUCUUGAUUAUUUCUCAGCUCUCUUUCCAUCUUUUCCACCCUUUGCCAUGAACUGGACCGACAGACGUGGGAGAGGCAUUGGUUUCUGCCCCAGGGAAUGGCGUUUCGCGUCCUGGGGCAGUGCCGAGAAGGAUCGGCCAAGGAAAAAGAAAGAGUGAGAGAGAAAGAGCAGCGGGAAGGAAGAGAAGGGAGACCUCCAUCUGCCUUGGGGCAGCGCGCAGCGGUGCGCGCCCAGCUGCACCGGGAAUGGUCCGGAGCUCGCCUUGCGCCCCCGGCCCCUUCAGCGUCAGCGGCCCGGGUGUGCGGGAUGCACUGGGCAAUUUUUAAAAUCGAGAAGUAGGAAGAGACCCUGGAGCACAGAAGCCGGGGUUGGGGGUGGAGCAGAAAAAAAUUUAAAAGCUAUUCCAAGAGAAAAAAGGCGAAGUCUGUUCGUGCUAGCUUUUAGCUCGAAGAAGUCUUUUUGGAGCAACUAGCCUUCUCCAGGAGUUACCCGAAAGCGGAAACUUUCCGUGGAUUGUGGGCCGGGAGGGCGAGGAGGGAUUAGGAGGGUGGGAUUGGAAGGACGAGCGAGUGCGCGCGUGUGUGGCGGGGCGAGGGCGUCGGGGGGCCAUCCGGGAUUCGGUGAAGAGGGCACAUCAUGGCAGUGCCGGGCGAGGCCGCCGGAGUCCGAGACCAGCCCGGCCGCGGUGGGGGGAAUCAAGCCCCUGCGAUGGGCUGGGACCGCGUCCGCCGCGCCGGCCCCGCACGGCGGCGGGGCUCGGGCUCGGGUUCCCGGGGCUGCGGGGGAGCCCUGGGGCUGCAGCCGCUCCGCUCCCGGAAACUUUCCUCGGCGCUGUGCGCGGGCUCCCUGUCCUUCCUGCUGGCGCUGCUGGUGAGGCUGGUCCGCGGGGAGAUCAGCGGUGACCUGGAGCAGAGAAAGGAGGCGGCGGCCGAGGAGGAGGAAGCAGCCUUGGGAGCAGAAGGGGGCCUCUGCCCCUGGCCUCGGGGAGGUGCUCCCGGGGGCGGCGCGCCGCUGAGCCCCUGGCUGCAGCCCUCGGCGCUGCUCUUCAGUCUCCUCUGUGCCUUCUUCUGGAUGGGCUUGUACCUCCUGCGCGCCGGGGUGCGCCUGCCUCUGGCCGUCGCGCUGCUGGCCGCCUGCUGCGGGGGGGAAGCGCUCGUCAUGAUCGCCUUGACUAGCGCGGUCAGGACCGUGUCCCUCAUUUCCUUAGAGAGGUUCAAGGUCGCCUGGAGACCUUACCUGGCGUACUUGGCCGGUGUACUGGGGAUCCUCCUGGCCAGGUACGUGGAGCAAAUCUUGCCGCAGUCCGCGGAGGCGGCUCCGAGGGAGCAUUUGGGGUCCCGGCUGAUUGCUGGGACCAAGGAAGAUAUCCCGGUGUUUAAGAGGAGGCGGCGGUCCAGCUCCGUGGUGUCCGCCGAGAUGUCGGGCUGCAGCAGCAAGUCCCACCGCAGGACCUCCCUGCCCUGUAUUCCGAGGGAACAGCUCAUGGGACAUUCAGAAUGGGAUCACAAACGAGGGCCAAGAGGAUCCCAGUCUUCAGGAACCAGUAUUACCGUGGAUAUUGCCGUGAUGGGCGAGGCUCACGGCCUCAUCACCGACCUCCUGGCAGACCCUUCUCUGCCCCCGAAUGUGUGCACGUCCUUGAGGGCCGUGAGCAACCUGCUCAGCACGCAGCUCACCUUCCAGGCCAUCCACAAGCCCAGAGUCAGUCCUGUCGUUUCCUGCAGUGAAAACUACACCUGUUCUGAUUCUGAAGAAAGCUCUGAGAAAGAUAAACUGGCUAUUCCCAAGCGCCUGAGAAGGAGUUUGCCUCCGGGCUUGUUAAGACGCGUUUCAUCGACUUGGACAACCACCACUUCAGCCACCGGUCUGCCCACCUUGGAGCCGGCACCAGUACGGAGGGACCGGAGCGCCAGCAUCAAACUGCAUGAUGCACCUUCAUCCAGUGCUGUUGGUCCUGAUUCUUGGAAUAAUCCAGUGAUGAUGACUCUCACCAAAAGCAGAUCUUUCACUUCUUCCUAUGCUGUGUCUGCAGCUAAUCACGUAAAGGCCAAAAAGCAAAAUCGACCAGGUGCCCUCACCAAGAUUUCACCUCUGUCGUCACCGUGUUCCUCACCUCUCCAAGGGACUCCUGCCAACAGCCCUGUCAACAAAAUUUCCGCUGUGCCAUUUCCAGAACCUGCUGACUCAGCUCCCAAGCAAGGCCUAAGUUCUCACAGGGUUUUAACAUAUACUCAGAGUGCUCCCGACCUGUCCCCUCAGAUCCUGACUCCACCUGUUCUGUGCAGCAGCUGUGGCAGACCGUAUUCCCAAGAGAAUCCUGCUGAGGGGACCCUGAAGAGAAGUGGUGCUGCUGCUCAGACUGCGAGCAGGACAGAUGACACUGCCCAGGUUACCUCUGACUAUGAAACCAAUAACAACAGUGACAGUAGUGACAUCGUACAGAAUGAGGAUGAGGCUGAGUGCCCACAAGAGCCACUGAGGAAAGCUUCAGCCUGCAGCAGCUACGCUCCUGACGCCAUGAUCUUCCUGGACAAACCAGUUCUUGCUCCCGAGCCUCUUGUCAUGGAUAACCUGGACUCAAUCAUGGAACAGCUAAAUACUUGGAAUUUUCCCAUUUUUGAUUUAGUGGAAAACAUAGGAAGAAAAUGUGGCCGUAUUCUUAGUCAGGUAUCAUACAGACUUUUUGAAGACAUGGGCCUCUUUGAAGCUUUCAAAAUUCCAACUAGGGAAUUCAUGAAUUAUUUCCAUGCUUUGGAGAUUGGAUACAGGGAUAUUCCUUAUCACAACAAAAUCCAUGCCACGGAUGUCUUACAUGCUGUCUGGUAUCUCACUACCCAGCCCAUUCCAGGCCUCUCGACGGUGAUUAAUGAUCACGGAUCCGCAAGUGACUCGGAUUCUGACAGUGGAUUUACCCACGGACAUAUGGGCUAUGUGUUCUCAAAAAUGUCUAACGUGCCGGAUGAUAAAUACGGAUGUCUGUCAGGGAACAUCCCUGCCUUAGAGUUGAUGGCACUGUACGUGGCUGCAGCCAUGCAUGACUACGAUCACCCAGGAAGGACUAAUGCUUUCCUGGUUGCCACUAGUGCUCCUCAGGCGGUGCUGUAUAAUGAUCGUUCGGUUUUGGAGAAUCAUCACGCAGCUGCUGCAUGGAAUCUUUUCAUGUCCCGGCCAGAGUAUAACUUCUUAGUGAACCUUGACCAUGUGGAAUUUAAACAUUUCCGUUUUCUUGUCAUUGAAGCAAUUUUGGCCACUGACCUGAAGAAACAUUUUGACUUCGUAGCCAAAUUUAAUGCCAAGGUGAAUGAUGAUGUUGGAAUAGAUUGGACCAAUGAAAAUGAUCGCCUGCUGGUUUGUCAAAUGUGUAUAAAGUUGGCUGAUAUUAAUGGGCCAGCUAAGUGUAAAGAGCUCCAUCUUCAGUGGACAGAGGGUAUUGUCAAUGAAUUUUAUGAACAGGGUGAUGAAGAAGCCAGCCUUGGGUUACCCAUAAGCCCCUUCAUGGACCGGUCUGCUCCCCAGCUGGCCAAUCUUCAGGAGUCCUUCAUCUCUCACAUUGUGGGUCCUCUGUGCAACUCCUAUGACUCGGCGGGACUAAUGCCAGGAAAGUGGGUGGAAGACAGUGAAGAGUCAGGGGAUACUGAUGAUCCAGAAGAAGAGGAGGAAGCAGCAGCUACACCAAAUGAAGAAGAAACCUGUGAAAAUAAUGAAUCUCCAAGAAAGAAAACUUUCAAAAGGAGGAAAAUCUACUGCCAAAUAACUCAGCACCUCCUCCAGAAUCACAAGAUGUGGAAGAAAGUCAUUGAAGACGAGCAGCGGUUGGCAGGUGCCGAAAAUCAGUCCCUGGACCAGAACCCUCAGCAACACUCAUCGGAGCAAAUCCAGGCCAUCAAGGAAGAAGAGGAAGAGAAAGGGAAACUGCGAGGAGAGGAGACUCCAACGGCAGAGCCAAACCAGUGACAGUGGAUAGACCGAGCUGUGUUUCUAACAGAUCAUCUGUCCCAGACUCUUCCAAGCCAGCACAACACUUAGACACAACACUGUAGAAAUGUGAGAGGACGGCCAAUGACUAUUGUGUUUGGGGAUUCUUCAACAUUUUCGUGUUUAUUUUUACAGUGAGGUACAUUGUUUAAAAAAAAAAAAAACAACUCUUAUUCAAAGAAGCUUUCACAUUGCAACACCAGCUUCUAAGGAUUUUUUUAAAGGAGGAAAUAUAUAUGUGUGUGUGUAUAUAAGCGCCCACGUAGAUACAUGUAAAACAUAUUUACACACAUGUGCGCACACGUACACACUGAAAGCCAGGAUUGCUGGCUCCACAAUUUAGUAGCGUUCAUAUUAAGAUAUAUAGUGGUCACUGUGAUAUAAUACAUCAUAAAGGAAAACAAAUCACAAAGGAAAUGGUGCAGCUCAGCAAGGAAACAGUGCAGUAAAUGUAGGUUACCAACUAAGCAGCUUUUGCUCUUAGGGCUGAGAGAUGAAAGUUCCAGAGCAUUAUUGAAUUCUGAUCCAUCCUGCCAACACUGUGUGUGUGUGUGUGUGUGUGUGUGUGUGUGUGUGUGCGCACGCAUGCUUGUGAGACUGUGUGCACAGAGUUUGAAAGGGUGCCUGUGUGCACGCGUGCGGGAAGAGAUUUGUGUGGUUUUCGUUGUCCGUAGACUAGCUGAAGCAGAUGACUCAGUACAUGUGAACAAACUGAAGGAAAUUCACUCCCGAGUGUCUUUGAGAGGGGGUCACUUCAAAUGCCCUCCUCCACUUAGCUCAAUAAAGGUCCCUUUGUAGAUGGAGGGCACUCACAGGCUGGGGGAGAGGGCCGUGUGACUGGUACUACUGCGAUGCACCACUUGGAGGCGUGCUGUCACCAGCCUCAAACCUGGAGGCUGAGCUAUUUUCGAGGCGACUCGCCUAAUGAAUGUAUAGGAGCCGUUUGUGAGUAUGUAUGUCACUCACCUAAGAUCAAAUCACCGUUUUUAAGUGGAUGGCGUUCUUUACAUAUACACACCUAAAGAGCUGGAUUCAGGUCUUUUAAUCAGGUUAGAAUUCUGAAGGAUGCCAGGAAUGGCCUGGGAAAUUACACUUCUCCUGUGUCUUCUUAAUCAUGCUACACAAUGUGUGAUAUGAAAAGAAGGGAGAAAAGAUACAGGGACACUCACGGUGGGUUCUAUAGUAAGAUGAAGGAGAACAUUUCAGUCUAGAUUUGGGUGUUGACCUAGGGAAGGACUUAUCCUUGGCCAGCUGUCAAUUGGCUGAUGACCUGAGUUGUGGAUUCCACACACUGCAUGUUGGGGUAGCUUCUACCUGCCCUCUGGCCCAUCCUCAUGCUUCUUUGAGCAGGGAAGAUUAUAGAGGGGUUGUUUGGGGAUUGGGCUGUCAUUGAAAGUCUUUUUGUUCUUCUGGUUUGUUUGUUUAUUGACACUUGUUUAUGCUGUGAGCCAAACCUCUAUUUAAAAAGUUGAUACUCACUUUCAAUAUUUUAUUUCAUAUUAUUAUAUAUGUCAUGAGUAGUUAUCUUGAUGUAAAUAUAAAGUUUUUUUUUGUUUCUGUAGAUAGCAAACUCUUUUUUAAAAAAAAGGGAAAAGGGAAACAUUUUUAUAAAGUUAUAUUUUAAUCGCCAUUUUUAUACAUUGUAGCUAUCUUCAAGACCAGUAGGAGAAGGAUGACUUAUUUGCAGGGAGAUCUGUGGACAGAGGCUCAUCUAUUCUAAUUUAAAUGAGAACCUGAUACAGUUAUUUUUGCCAGUUAAAUGAGAUGCUGCAAGAAUGCUUUUUCACUAGUAACUUUUGCUAACUGAAUAAAUUUUGGGUCCAUGACUCCCAGAUGAAAGAUUUUCUUAACCAAUACCAAAUUUUUAUAUAAUAGUUGAUGUCCGUUUCUUUCCAGUGAUUUUUGGCUCUAACUUCCUUCAGCACUAUUACACAAUCUUAGCGUCUAAGUAAAUCCUGAUGGUGAUAUCGACCAUUUAUUUCCUCUGAAAUCAUAGAAAGAAGUGUUCACAUGAAAAAAUACCUUUGUUUCUUAUAAACAAAUAUUGUAUUCUUCCAAACCAUGUACUUAUCAUAGCCCACUGCAUUUUUCAAAUAAGGUAAGAAGAAUACAAUAGUUGUGUAAAUUUUAACAUGGUUUCAAAAAAAUCAAAAUAAAAAAUAAACAUGGUUUCAAAGCAAAUUUUCCAAUAAGUAGGAAAAUGUAAAAAGGAUCCAACUGAUGCAGGCUCUACCUAAAUAAUUAGAAUAUACAUCAAUAUGUGUCUGAGUUAAUACUAGGUCUUUAUUAUAUAGGACUUACCAAGUUGUUUCCAUUUUCUUAAUAUUAUCUGUGUGUCUUUAUGUUUGAAAAAAAUCACUGUAAGUCAUAUUCAUUUCUCAAUGAUUUUAACUGCUAUCCUUCCCUUGAAAAUAAGAGGGAAAAAAAAGUGUUUAUACACACAUAUCCCUUUGCAUCUAAUUACUUACCAAAAUGAAUUAAUCUUUUUUCCCUUCUCCAAAUGCUAUACAUCUCUAAAAUAAUUGUAAAUUGGAGAAAAGGCCAGGUGUGGAGCAAGUGGAAUGGCAGAGCAGUUGUGAGUCAGUAUAGAACAUUCAUUGGCCAUUUUAUCACAGCCCGAGUACAAGCAGCUUGACCACCAUCGUGGGGUUCUCAGCACAUUGUCGGGUUUUGUUGGUUUUAAGGUACCUGAAAGAAUAGGAAUAGUAGUGGCCAAAGCAAUUGGAACCUCUUCACCCCAAACUGUGUUCAUUAAUCCAGACAGAUGGAAUAUUUUUAUUUGAUAAAAAAAUUGUCAUUAUAUUAGAGAUAGAAGACAAUUGAAAUAAAGGAUGGUGGAUCCACCAGGCGUGUGACUUUAAUACAGACCUAGUACAUCUCAAAGAUGUGCGUAGGGACACAAAAAGAGAUUUGUCUUAUUUGGCUAGCAUUGUUCUCUCCCUUCCUGGGAGCAGCACAAUUACCGUCUUCACUUCCAGAGCUUACUUCCUGUGGUGCCAAUGUAUUUGUUGCAAUUUACUACAUUUUUAUAUGAACCUAUUUAUAGGUGCCAUUAGAUAAACUCAGGUCUUUCAAAUGAAGGAAUUUCUAUCCCUCUUUGAGAAAAGGAUCUUAUAUAGAAGUGGCGAGACAAUGGUAGGACAAGUUGUACCUGGUUCUCUGGAUGCCUGUGGUUGCUCUCUGUUAAGCAAAGACCAGGUGUAUUCUGAGUGUCAUCGAUGUUAUUUUCAGCAUGCUAAUCAUUUCUAGUUCUCAUCUAAGCCGACUUGUAGAAUCUUGUUUCCUUGGUGAAAACACCACCUCUCUCUCUCUUUUUUUAAACUCGAAAUUCUAUUGUCGUUUAUAGAAGACCUGGUUUUGCUUUCAGUGACAGGUAAAUACCAGCUUUGUACAAGGAUGUAUCUGUAUUGUUCUUCAUCUGACAGGUGAAGGAAUUUCCCAGUAUUACAUUUAAGGAAGUAUCCACUUUUUCAAACUAGAA